AUGCCGAAGCCAAGACCAAGUCCAGGCACGCCAACUCCGAGAGGAAAAGCUCCCCGUCGAAAAGCGUUGAAUAGGUCAAAGGAGUCCCAAGAGGCACAAUCGAAGGGCGGUGCUAGCAAGAUUCCAGAUUCUCCUGCUGAUGUCGGUGAAACGCAUGGAUCCAUCCGCACAGUGAAUGAGCUUCUCCCCUACCGCGACCAAUUUCGAAAAGCCGGGCUUGCGGUGACAUCCAAGGAGCAAAGGGCAUACCACCGGAGAGGCAAACUCGCGCCCUUGCUUGGGAAGAUGUCACCGCCAGGAAGCGAAUGGCUGCGACUAGAUGGAGGAACCGAGACUAAGGAGCUCAACAAUAAUACCUCUAAGAAAGAUGACUCUCCCUCUCCUAUCAAUGUUGAACAGAUAUCACAGAAGAGCGGAAAAGACAAGCUUUCCGACCCGUCGUUGUCACCACCACCCAAUUCAACAGCAACGCCAGAAGCAGUGUUUGCAAACCCCGAAGCAUCAUCCCCAGAGCGUCGGCCUCCCUCAAUCCCCGAUGAAGAGAAGAAAGGAAACACCCAACCAAUAACCACCCCACCACCUGCACCAAAACCCGCCGGCAUUCCAAACUCCGACAAAUCCCUCCCUGCCCUCCCGCGUGUCUUUUCCCAAGUCCUGGUCCGACACGGCAGCGGUCCCUCGCGCAACUCCAGCUGGAGCGCAGCCAUGCGCCAAUUCCCGCCUACCAUCGUGGAACAAAAAGAGCCAUCACCAGACAAACAACAGCAACAAAAAGUCAUUAACCAUGGUCGUCAACAAAACACCACCACCACCACCACCACCCCAUCCAUCCAGUCCACUGCCACCACCACCAGUUACGGAACGGCCAUUAUAAUCCAGCCAGCAGCAAAGAGUUACGGCCAAUUACUGAUACGCAAUACCAAACGAAACAGCGUUAGCGAAGCCACUGUUAUCACCAAAACUCCCCAUCCCAGCGUCGUAUCAAGUAUAGAAGUGCCGGAGAGUGUCAGAACCGGCACGCUUUCAUGCUUAGAUCAAGCUCUUGAUGAAGCUGUGCGACGGAUGCAAGCCAUGGGGGAGAGUGUAGCUACUUCUACUCCUUCCGGUACAAUCAAGUCAUUGUCGAAAUCAAAAUCGAAACCGAACAAAGCAACGGGUGAACAUCAACGAUCCACGAGCAGCAAGGAUGCGCCGUCUCCGUCGCAGAGGUUGCAAAAGGCUGCGGCGUUGAGGAGGCAGAAGAUGGUGCUGAGUGGUACAUGUGCGGUGGGGGGUAAAGGUAGUCACAGUCCGCGGUCGAAGCCUCCUUCUCUGGCCAGCACGGUGGAAAGGGAGGAGGAGCAAGUAGGUGGAACGACGACGGCAUCGCCAACGCCGGAAGUGGAAGAAGCAAUGGCUGUGGUUAUUCCCAGGGUGCCAUCGUCAAGACCACCACCACCUUCCAGUUCAGGACCGUCGGUGUUGGCUUCUAUUGAAGUCGUGCACCGCUACGGAUUACUCGCCCUGAACCGAGUCAUGGUUCUGUUCCUGAUCCCGCUGCGUUUCCUUCCCGCCCACUCCCACCUUCUAAGCCGGAGAGUAAAUCUAGUCGGCGAAACUCCCGUGAAGUUGAUAAGGGACAGGCACAACGGUUUCGGGUUAGCAAGCGGAGUAGCUUUGUCUCCCACCAGCGUGUCCCUUCUCAAGGUCCCCUGUCUCAACGUCCAUCUCAUCGUCCCCCCUCUCAACGAGCAAGCUCCCACCAGCGUGUCCCUUCUCAACGUCCCCUGUCUCAACGCCCAUCUCAACGACCCCCCUCCCAGCAUCCCCCUUCUCAGCGUCCUUCUCAUCGUCUUUCUUCUCAUCGUCCCCCAAUCCCAUCCUCCCGCUCCUCCUCACUCCUGCACAAUUUCUUCACCACCCACCCACCGCCACCUCCCCGCGAUCGAUAUCCUCAAAGGGCUACAAAUCAUGUGCGCCGCGUCGGCAGACGAAGAACUCGAUGCGUGGUUUCGACAUAAGACGGGGUUGCCGCUGAGGCGGUUUUUGGUGGAUUUGAGGGGUUUUGAGGAUGUGUUGUGAUGGG